AUGGAAGCGCACCCAGCUCGACACUCAGAACAAGCCCCUCGUCCAAAGAAGGGACGGACAGAAGAUAAGAAGGAACGAGAUAACAGGAAGACAGGUCCCUUGGGAAGAAGCCAAAAUUAUACGCCCCUGAAUGCUCCACUUGAUCAGGUGCUCAUGCAAAUCAAAGACGAUCCUUCUUUAAAAUGGCCAGAGAAGAUGAAAGGGGAUCCCAAUAAGCGCAAUAAGAACAAAUAUUGUCGCUUUCACAGGGACCAUGGGCAUGACACGGAUGAGUGUUAUGACCUGAAACAGCAAAUUGAGAACCUUAUCAGACAAGGAAAGUUGAGGCACUUCGUUGGAAGGGAUCAUAAAGAUGAGAAGUUGAAAGGCAAAAUAGAGGAAUCAUCCCGGCCCCCACUAGGAGAGAUAAGGAUUAUUGUCGGAGGGAACUCGAUGGGGCAAUCUUCCAAGUCGAAGAAGACGUAUCUCAAAGCGGUACAAAACGUCCAGCUCUCUGGACGAUCACCAAGGACGAGAUCAAUGGACGAGCCAACCAUUUCCUUCACUGACGAAGAUGCUGAGAGGAUCCAUCACCCGCAUGACGAUGCAAUCGUCAUUACACUGCUUAUUGCAGAUUAUACAACCAGAAGAGUGUUAGUUGACAAUGGAAGCUCAGCAGACAUAUUGUACUACCCUGCCUUCCAACAGAUGAGGCUUGGACGGGAUCAACUUCGUCCAGUCUGCUCACCACUGAUAGGAUUUGGAGGAAUGAAGGUGCAGCCCUUGGGUACCAUUACAUUACCAGUUGUGGUAGGGUCAUACCCGCAACAGAUAACCAGGGAAGUCAAUUUCCUCGUGGUAGACUGUACCUCUUCAUAUAAUGCCAUUAUUGGAAGACCAACUCUUAAUAGUUGGAAGGCGAUAACCUCUACCUACCAUCUAUCAGUCAAAUUCCCUACGGAGUACGGGAUAGGGCAAGCACAAGGAGAUCAGUUGGCAGCUAGAGAAUGCUACUUAGCCAUGAUGGCUUUGGACGAACAGGUGCAGACAAUGAGCAUCGAGGAAAGAAGAGUUGUUGCAGAGCCCACGGAAGUAUUGGAAGAUGUUCUUUUGUGA